GCCUGGGAGAACUGCUGACCCGGGGAGCGGGUGGUCUCCUGGCCUCCGCCGCCGACUCGGCGCUGCCGGCGUCUGCCUCGCUGCUGCGGCCCCGCGGCUACAGCCAGGCCGCGGAGCGGGGCGACGACCCCAACUUUUUCACCAUGGUGGAGGGCUUCUUCGACCGCGGAGCCGCGAUCGUGGAGGACAAGCUGGUGGAGGACUUGAGAACCCGGGAGACCCCGGAGCAGAAGCGGAAGAGAGUCAGCGGGAUCCUGCGGAUCAUCAAGCCGUGUAACCACGUCCUGAGCGUCUGCUUCCCGAUCCGGAGGGACAGCGGCGAGUGGGAGGUGAUCGAGGGCUACCGGGCUCAGCACAGCCAGCACCGGACGCCCUGCAAGGGAGGGAUCCGGUACAGCACCGAGGUGUCGGUGGACGAGGUCAAGGCUCUCGUCCUGAUGACCUACAAGUGUGCUAUCGUGGACGUUCCGUUUGGUGGAGCCAAAGCUGGAGUGAAGAUCAACACCAAGAACUACACGGACUCUGAGCUGGAGAAAAUCACCAGGCGGUUCACCCUCGAGCUCGCCAAGAAGGGAUUCAUCGGGCCCGGUAUCGACGUUCCGGCUCCGGACAUGAGCACCGGGGAGCGGGAGAUGUCCUGGAUCGCCGACACCUUCGCCACGACCAUGGGACACAACGACAUCAACGCCCACGCCUGCGUGACGGGGAAGCCCAUCAGCCAGGGUGGGAUCCACGGCCGAAUCUCUGCGACGGGCCGCGGCGUUUUCCACGGCAUCGAGAACUUCAUCAACGACGCGUCCUUCAUGAACCGGGUCGGGCUGGCGCCGGGCUUCCAGGACAAGACCUUCGUCAUCCAGGGCUUCGGGAACGUGGGCCUCCACAGCAUGCGCUACCUGCACCGCUUCGGCGCCAGGUGUGUGGGCGUGGCCGAGAUGGACGGCAGCAUCUGGAACCCGCGCGGCAUCGACCCCAAGCAGCUGGAGGACUACAAGCUGGCCAACGGAACCAUCGUGGGGUUCCCGGACUCCACGCCGUACGAAGGCAGCCUGCUGGAGGCCGACUGCGACAUCCUGAUCCCCGCCGCCAGCGAGAAGCAGCUGACGCAGCGCAACGCCCACCGCAUCAAGGCCAAGAUCAUUGCAGAGGGAGCCAACGGGCCGACCACGCCUGAGGCGGACCGGAUCUUCCUGGAGAGGAACAGGCUGGUGAUCCCGGACAUGUACCUGAAUGCGGGGGGCGUCACCGUGUCGUACUUUGAGUGGCUGAAGAACCUGAACCAUGUGAGCUACGGCCGGCUCACCUUCAAGUACGAGAGGGAUUCGAACUACCACCUGCUGAUGUCUGUCCAGGAGAGUCUGGAGAGGAAGUUUGGAAAACUGAACGGCUCCAUUCCAGUCGUUCCCACGUCAGAGUUCCAGGCGCGGAUCGCAGGAGCGUCUGAGAAGGACAUCGUCCACUCGGGCCUGGCCUACACCAUGGAGCGCUCUGCCAGGCAAAUCAUGCAGACAGCCAGCCGGUACCAGCUGGGUCUGGACCUGCGGACGGCGGCGUACGUCAACGCCAUCGAGAAGAUCUUCAAGGUGUACAGUGACUCUGGGCUGAUCUUCACAUAAGGUCCUGGUUCCGGUUCCGGUUCCAGACGCUACCCGCCUCCCUUGGCGCUCCUGCUGCUUCAUCGCUCCUCUUUCUCACGGCCCACCGGAUCGCAGAGCCGCCGCCCACCGAGGCCUUCAGACGGAUCAGAACCAUGUGGACCGGACCGGAUCAAGGAACGCUCUGACUCUGACUCCGGGUUGUUCUGAUGGACGGAACCAGGAAGUUCCUUCCAAAGUAAAAGCCUCCUGCCAGAAUAAAAGUUCUGCUGCUGUCAGAUGGACUGGGUCAGAACCACUGACUGGUUCUACUGGACCUCCACAUGGUUCUGGUCACAUGUUUUCAUACACCUCAUUUACGUUUACAUGACUUUAUCGACCAGGUUAAAGAUUCUGGUUCUGGUCAGGCGGUUCUCUUUCCUUCGAUUUAAAUUCUGCUGCUUGGAUUCAACAAACCAACCCAAAACUCUCAGGCCAGGUUCUGGUACCAGUAUCAAAUCCAAAACCUCUUGAACCUUUCCAGAACCAGAACCGUCUGAUCAUAAAUGUGUUUUGACCAAAGAUCGCCCUGAAAAGCUGCUGCUGCUUUGUGGGGUUAGGGUUAUUCAAAAAUCAUCUGAAAACAGAUUUAUUUUUGUUUUGUAGAAAUAAUCAACUUUACCAAAGUGACUUUGCACAUUUUCCAGGGCCAGCCCAAGCCUUUUUGGGGCCCUGAGCAGAUCUUCUCUUGGGGCCCCAGACUAAGUCCUGAUACGUCAUCAUUGCUAGGCUACGUGUAGCGUUUAGCAUCAUUUCUAACUGGCUUUCAUCAUGCUGUUAUUAUUGUGGAUGUUGAUUUUUAACAUCUGAACAUCAACAUCCUAAUUAGCAUUUUGAAAAGACGAGUGGUGCUUAAUUGUGGAAUAUUAAGUAAUAUGUAAACUUCUUUAGUUUUUUGAACAGAUGUGUAAAAUCUGUUUAAACCGUUACAAAAUAAAACCGAAUUACAUUCACAUCUUUCAUAGAGAAACUAAAAAGUUUCAUAAAAUAAUAGAAAUGUAAAAUUCUGAAAUAAGAGAGAAAUCCACAUAACAGCAGUUGAAUAUGACCUUAAUUGCACUGCCUUGAACCGGCUCUGAGUCUGAAAUUUAAUGGAUAAAAUGUUUAUAAAAUGAAACUGAGUGUAGAAUUAUGUUUAUUACUUCUAUAUUUUAUAUUUUAAUCAGAUUUGUUAUUGAAUACAUUAUUUAAUUUGAUAGUAAACAACCAAACGAAUAAAAUCUUUGAAGAUUUAAAAUGAAUGUAGCUGGUAAAGAUCAUUAAACUCGUUCAUAUUUAGAUAUUUUUUCUCAGAGACGCAGUAAAAGCACAACCUGCUGUUAAUGUGUAAAAUUAUUCAUCUAUAAAAUUCUCCCUCGGCUUUAGUUUCUCUGUGGUCGGAAAGUCUUUAUUUUUCUGAUCUGGAUCUUUGGCUCCGUUCAUUUCUUCUGUUUCUGAACGUUCAGUUUCUCUGUAAUAAUCUAUGCAAACGCAGGUGGCGCCCCCUGUCGGCGCCUGGUGAAAGCUUGGGUCAGUCUGUUGUUGCUGCAUGAAAAUGAGGAUUUUUCUGGUCUGUCUGCUUUAACUCAAGCUGCUCUGACAUCAGAGGUUGAUUUAGCUUUAUGUGAGAACAGAAAGUUAAAUAAAGCACAAAUAAACAUC